UGUUAUUGAUUUACUAUAAAAUGCAAUGUAGGCUAUGUGUGCCAUCCAAUAGUGUAAAUCCAGAUAUAUAGCUAGCUGGUUUUUGACUAUGAUGGUGCCUUGUGAGUAGCCUGUAUUGCGUUGCAUUACAUGAUGCACUGAGAAUUCAACAGAAUCCUUUUUUGUAUGAGUUAGUAUUCUGCCAGCUUAAUCUAAAUGCUGGUCAUAUGACUACAGUGUGUGUGGCUGACAUUGACUGGAGCAAAUAGAUUAACAGGCUUUGAACACGACCAAAGCCAGCGGGUCAUUAAAAAUGAAAAAUCACAGCCAUAAUAGUAACAGUCAAAAAUAAAUUUCAGAUCAAAUGAACCCAAGAGUAAAUUAAUCAGAACCAGUGCAUUAACGUGAACGGCGUCCCUUUUCUUAUCUCUGCUCCUCACAUUCAUCUCUGGUCACAAUCAUGAGCUGUGGUCGAUUUCAUGAUUAAUGCGAUGCACCUUUAUGAUGGAAUAAGAUUACACUUCAAAUAAUGUAGCCUUGAAUAUGAGGAGUGCAGCGUAGACUUUUAAUGGACUCUAGAAGUGUAUGCCACUGCAGCCUAAUGGCUAUGUGGCCAUACAAUAUAACCAUAUACUGUAGCCUAGUUGUGUCUUGAUCACUUCUCUUGAAUCGUACAGUGUAGUCAUAACACUUGUCAGCGAAUGGCUCAGACACCAUCUACUUUUUAGGAACUGUUCAAACUUCCAUUUCAGAGAAUAUAGGUCACUUUAGGGUGGUGUAUAGACUUAAAGCCCAUGGCUCCUAUAAGGAGCAUAGUGCGUCGAUGAAUGUUCUCUGUCUCUCUCGGUUCAGGGCAAGUUUUUCCAGGUCAAAGGUCACACCAGUUGGGGCCGCUCUCAGUCAUAUCUGCCUGGAAGUCUCUCCUCCUCCUCCACUUCCUCUCCUUCUCAUCCCCCCUCCCCUCCUCCAUCCUUUCCAAGGUUGCACAAUAAAAUCCACAACACUGCUUGGGAAUAUGCAGAAUGACCCUGAGUCCAGGUUGGAACAUGUAGCAUCAUGCCACCACAAAGACCUGCCCCAAAAAGAGCACACUCAAUGAUAUAUCAUGUAUUUUUGUGUUUCUCCAGACCUAAAGGUUAUGGUAAUAUAUUAUCAGCUGAACCGAAAGUCCAAAUCCCCCACAAAGUAGUUACUCACAUUUUCCCUGCAGUCAACAAAUGUUCUUAUCAGUAGGCUACGGGUUUGACUACAGAGGUCCAGAAAUGGUGAUGGCAGCCUUUAUUGCUGCCUUUGACAAUAAUAAAAGUUGAUUUGACUGUGCCCAGUGUGUAUGAUCAAUCAUAAAACAAGAGGGUGAGGAUUCUGUUUUGUUUCUAGUCACAUAUGCCACUAAACCUGCAUUAUUAUAUAGGCCAUAUGAAUGUUAUUUUGUUGAUGGGGAAGGGUUAUCUUACUCAAAUCAAAUGUAUUAGUCACAUACACAAUUUACAGCAGGUAUAAAAGGUGCAGUGAAAUGCUUAUGCGUUAGCUCCCUCAACAAUGCAGAACAUAAAUCCUUAAUCAAUAAUAACAACGAUGAAGUAAAAAAAAUUAAAUAAGAAGUAGUAGAAGUAGCAGAAGAGGUAGUAUGCCUAGUAAUAAGGGACUGGAUUUACAAUGGAUUUACAUAUUUAAAGUGGGUAGUAGAAUCAAUAGUAUAUAUUAGAACAGCAGCAUCGACUGUGUGUGUGUGUGUGUGUGUGUGUGUGUGUGUGUGUGUGUGUGUUUCAGGUUAACUAAAACCAAUACCGUAAUUUCCCCUUGUGGGACGAGCAGGACAACACCGAAACCGUAAACAAGCCCUAAAGCACCGUUGAGGAGAAAUCAUAUGACGCAUUGAACUGUAGGCUUCUACUCACCUGCUACACUUCAGCCACGCGCUCUGCAUGAAGGGUGGUGAUAGGCUGUCGGUAUAGAAGGAGGCGUAAACCAAAGCGUCAUUACAUGUCCUGAACAGGGUUUUUGUUGAAGAGGUCAUAUUUAGGUAAGGAUAUCUCACCUAGUCAACACGUCGAAAUCAACACAUUUAUCGGGAAGGGAACAGCAAGACACUUAGUGAAAAGAUUCCUAUUAUGCAGGUUACAGAAAAGAAGAUGCCCAAACAGGCCCAGCUGCUCUCUCUUGGCCGCAAGGACACCAGUCACCUCUUGGAAGUGUAUGUGAAGCGCAGCAUCAGUUUAAGUGACGGGACAUGUGAGGACCAGAGGUCACCAACAAAGCCUCGGAAGUGGGUGACACUGUCAGAGAAACGCAGAAGAGUCCACCGGCAUUCUAUUGACUCCUUGGUCACCUUAGAGCCCAGCAAACUUGAAGAGGGCGAUGCCACCAGCACACCACACGACGAGGGCUUUGUUAUACCAAAUGUGGCUCCUGUAGAAAUCCCAGGGCCUGCUGAUAUUCCUGAGAUUGAUGUGUCUACUGAACUGGAGAAUAAGUCUAAAGAGGGAAAGAAGAAGACCAAAAGGCCCUCUCUCUGGAAAAGUUUUUUGGGUUUCUUCUCAAAGAAGGGGAGUGACCAGAAAGAUGAGCAUGAGUCUGGUACAGAGACUGGUGGACAGUCACAAGGAAACAAAUCCAUAAAAAAGCAAUGGCGCUCCAUGAGGAGACUACCUCAGAGAAAAACUAAGAGUGACAGCCUCAGAGGGUCUGUGAGGAGAUCAUCGACUCGAAACAGGGCCAACACUACAGAAAUAACUGGAGUUGAAUCGGUUGUGAGUGUGGUGCUUACAGACUCGUACUAUGAGAAAGUGUCAGAAGAGCUGGAGAAGAUUGUGUCUGAGGAGAAAGAGACAGACACAGCUUCUACAGAUGAGGACGUCAUCAAAAGGAUAAUUGUUCUGAUGAAGCAGCAAGGAGACGUCAUUGAUAACAAGCUGAAGGAGAACCCCAGCCUGAGCGCAUUCUUCCAGAAGCUGUCCUACAGUACCUUCCAGCAGUUGGCUGAUACGUACGUGGAGACAGAGACCCCUACAGGCCAGAGCCGCCAGACACCACACACUGUUGGGCCCGGGCCCGUCAACGCCCCGGAGCUGGUCAAGCUGGCCUUCACUCUGGACUUCACAGCCAGGGUGGCCUGUCUCUCCAGACAAUCCACAGGACACAUCAUGGGCCUGGGCAACCGCUACUUAGAGGACCGCUUCACCCAGACACCAGAGGUUAAUCCAGAUCAGACGUUGCAUAACUAGGAUGGUCCUAAUCAUUGAUGCACCACCACAUGCAAAUGAGACCAACUACUGCAGGGGAAAGUAAACAUACUCAGUACUGUAAUAGCACAUGUAGUGUUCCUUGGGACACAAAUAAAACCCAGAGGCAGGUCACCUAGGGAACAUCACAUGACAGCCACUUAUGGUAGUCCUUGUACCAGUAAAUCUACACUAGGUAAUCUAAAUAACUACUAUGUGUACAGGUUAGUAAGUGAAAUAUAUCCACUUCUUACCACUUGUGGUGCAGUCUGUAUUUACUUAUCUGAAGUAGUGAUAGUAAGUACUAUGUAGCCUACUGUAACUGCAUGUACUUGCUACAAGGUACAGGUACACUGGUUAUUUUCCUACAGCAGGGUAUCUUAAUCCUGGUUCUGUGGACUCAAAGGUGUACACAAUUUUGGUUUUGCCCUAGCAAUACACACCUGAUUCCACUAAUCAAAGGUUUGAUGAUGAGUUGAUUAGUGACAUGAUGUGUGUAGUGCUAGGGUAAAAACUCAAAUGUGCACCCCUUUGAAUCCCCAGGACCAGGACUAAGAAACACGCCCCUACAGUGACCCUAGAGUAAUGCAUUGUUUCUGGGGAUUCUACUUAUGACACGUGAGAAAAUAAGAAAACCAAGCUAUUGAUCCAAACUAUUUAUGUAGCAAUAUUUCCAGGUGGUAGAAAUAUAUUUUCUCUAAUACUGUGGUCCUGUGUGGCUCAGUUGUUAGAGCAUGAUGCUUGUAACACCCACUGGAGCCACCCAUAUGUGAAAUGUAUACACGCAUGACUAUAAGUCACUUUGGAUAAAAGCGUCUGCUAAAUGGUAUAUAUUAUUUCUACAAUAUCAAUGUUUUACAGAUUUGAUAGAAUGCACUUUACAAAACUUUAUCUGGCUAUGUAAUAAUGAAAUGCAAUGUCCAGCACUUUACACAGUGCACUCGUAUUAGUGCAAUUACAUGAAAAUUGCAGCAUACUUCUAUUAACUUUUUUAAACUAUUAUUGUUAUUGGCAGUGCAAUCUUUAGUUUCAUCAUUGUCUACCUGUUUUGGGCUGAACAACUGCUGAUGAACAAUAUGACAUUUAUAUAGAUGUGUAUGCUGGCAUUCACACUAUUUGUUACAUGAAUAAAUUAUGUUUUUGUUAAAAAGCACUA